CCGCCCGUCACUCCCAUGAUGCAACAGGCAACAAAGGCUCGAGCGAGGAAGCGUAACGGGGGUUGAGGGAGACAAGAAGAGGUGGAAAAAAAAAAGUUUAAACACCCCAUAAUAGGACCUUCCAUCGCAGCGGGGAAAGCUUGAGAAAGUUAUUUUAUUGUUUCGGGAAGUCGGAGCGGCGUGAAGGAUGAAGACGAGAGCCGAGGGCUUUAGCGGCUGUGUCGGAGACGGCGGCGGCUCCUCCUCAGCGUUGAACUGCGGGCUGUGAUCGAGAUCGGCGCUCGUGGAGUUAGACGAGAGAGAUCGGGGAGAAAUCAGAAUCGUGACGUUUACAUAUUUGGCGCGACUUGGGGUUUGGAGUCGACACGGCUGGACGGAGGACACUUUGUGUGAGUGACGGCUAUGUCAGCAUUUUCAUGAAGUAAUUUAGAGUCCAUGAACAGCCACCGUGGAGAAUAUUUCAGCAAGCUGCCUAGGAGAAGAGGAUAGCCUUUUCCCUAAUUUGGUUGGGACAAUCAGGAUGAAGAAAAUUAGCCUUAAGACGUUGCGUAAAUCCUUCAACCUGAGUAAAGGCAAAGAUGAAGGAGAGUUUGUAGUGGUGCAACAGCCAGCAUUGGCAGGAGAUUUUGGGAAGGAAGACUCCAUUUUUGGGGGCUGCUAUGGAAAGGAUCUGGCAAGCUGUGAUUUUAAUAGUGAAGACGAGAAGGGGCAUAAGAAUCGGUCAAAAAGUGAAAGCCUCAUGGGCACCCUAAAAAGGCGACUAUCUGCCAAACAGAAGACUAAAAGUAAAGGAAGCUCACCGUCAGUUAGCUCAGUAGAUGACGACACGUUUUCCUCCUCCUCUGCCCCUAUUAGCUUUAAUGAUGUGAAAGCCCAGAGGCCUUUAAGGUCUACUUCCUUACGUAGCCACCAUUAUAGCCCUACUCCUUGGCCACUUAGGCCAGCCAACUCAGAAGAAACCUGUAUUAAAAUGGAAGUCAAAGUUAAAGCCUUGGUUCAUUCAUCCAGCCCCAGUCCAGCACUAAACGGUGUCCAUAAGGAAUUUCACGAUCUCCCAGUGGAUAGUUUGUUUCAGGAACAAAGUAGUUCUUUAAAAAGUACAGAGUCACAGAAUGGUGACUUGCAUCUAAAUAUUGAUGAGCAUGUGCCUGUAGUUAUUGGACUUACACCUCAGGACUAUAUUCAGUACACCAUGCCUUUAGAUGAGGGAAUGUAUCCUGUAGAUGGAUCACGUCCAUAUUGCCUAGAUGGCUCCUCUCCAAUGGAAGUGAUGUCUGUUUCAACACCAAUAGGCGGGAGCGCUCUCCUUGUGGAUGAGGUUCAGGAAUCACAGGAUCUGGAUGUGACACCAGAUAUCUUUAUGGAACCUACAGUGAAUGGACUUUUGAUUGGCACUACAGGGGUGAUGCUUCAGAACUCCAGGGUUGAUGCACCUCCCCUCUCCCCUCUUCUACCUCCUGUCCCAAGCAUUCAAAUCCAAAGGAACUUUCCAGUGCUUACUGGUGCCGAUGCCCAUGUUGCUGAGAGGAUGCGCCACCAUUUGAACUUUGACCCUAACUCAGCCCCUGGAGUUGGGAGAGUUUAUGAUUCGGUACAGAGUAGUGGACCAAUGGUGGUGACAAGCCUGACAGAAGAGCUAAAGAAGCUUGCCAAACAGGGUUGGUACUGGGGCCCCAUAACACGCUGGGAGGCAGAAGAGAAGUUGGCCAACCUCCCUGAUGGUUCAUUCUUAGUACGUGAUAGUUCAGAUGACCGUUAUCUCUUAAGUCUGAGCUUUCGUUCACAGGCCAAGACUCUCCAUACAAGGAUAGAGCAUUCUAAUGGCAGGUUCAGCUUCUAUGAACAGCCCGAUGUGGAAGGCCACAUUUCCAUAGUAGACCUCAUAGAACAUUCUAUCAAAGACUCUGAAAAUGGAGCUUUUUGCUAUUCUAGGUCCCGUUUGCCUGGGUCAGCGACUUAUCCUGUCAGGCUAACAAACCCAGUUUCUCGGUUUAUGCAGGUGCGCUCACUGCAGUACUUGUGCCGGUUUGUCAUCCGCCAAUAUACCAGAAUAGAUCUGAUUCAGAAACUGCCUUUGCCAAACAAAAUGAAAGAUUACCUGCAGGAAAAGCACUACUGAUUUUAUAUUAAAAAAAAAAAAUGCUUACGGGACCUUUUUGCAACUUGCACUUUGGGAACAGUAAUAAAUUGAAAUAUGGUUUACAAACAUCCAUGGUUUUGAAAAUGUCUGCCUCCACAGCAUUGGUAUUAUAUUUCUCUUCAUCAGUCAUUACCAGAAAAAUUAAGAUUUGUUACUAUCAAUAUCGCCAUUUUGGCCUUCCCUUAGCGAUUUUGAUUAAUUGCUGCUGCAAUGUUCACAGUAUUUUUAAUUUUUAUGUUGAUGUCUUUCAUCUCUCCUUUUGUACAAAUCAUUUUCAGACCAGCGUAUGUAAACCUUACCAAUAUAAACAACAUAAAAUCAGUGUCUUAUGACUACAGAGGAUAAGUGUUAGUUAAGGAAAAGUGUAUAAUACUUUUCUGCGAGUGCCAGAAGGUUACUUUUUAGUUCUUAUUUUUUUUUAAGGAGGGUAAUGCACUACCACAUUUUCACCAGCCUCAUUUCUUAUUAUCUGAGCCCUUGUAUGGUGUCAUUACCAAAAGGGGUGAAGGCAAUAAGCUCUUAAGCACAGAAGUAAUUAAUUAAAAAAUAUAUUGGUAUUUUGAUAUUUUCCUUUCUGUGCUGUAUUUUUGUAGAAUACUAAGAUUAUUUUUUAAAACAGUCAUUAAUUUUAUUAAGCAGUCUGUUUCAAAUUUUGUCUUUGACAAGCAAAAAGGUGCUUGUCCCCAAAGAUAGCCCAAAUCAUGAAAGUUAAAAAACCACAAAACAAAAAAAUGUAAUUUGUACAUGUUAAUGUUUGUGGAAGUAGAACUGAUGGAAAAGCACAGAAAAAUAGUUGGGUUUGGAGCAUCCUGUCAAAAUGAGUUUUUGCAGACUAGUAAGUUGAUUGAUUUUUUUUUUUUUUUGUGUGUGUGUGUGUGUUUGUUUUCCAUAAUUAGCCAUAAUUCGUUCUAACAAAAAAAAAAAGUGAGGACAACUAGAUGUACACAGAUCAGAUUUUCUAUGGCUGGUUCGGAUCACUCAGUGAUUGGCCAAUCUGAAUCCACUUCCUAAUUACGAGUCAAUUUUUGAGUCAUUUGCUAGUUUCAUGUGCAUUUUUAAAGUGAGUUGGUAGUGUUUUCAAUCAUGAAAAUUGGUAUUUUAAUGUUUAAAAUAGAUUUUAACUGACAUUAGCACUCAUUAAUUAUUGAAUAGGAGAUGGGAAUUUAGUUUUUUCUGUGACACAUGCUGCUGCUGUGGCAAACAUCGUUGUUCUUAUUCUUUGGCAGUUACUGGCUGAGAUCCAGGCAUCCAUUUGAUCAAUUAAGCUUUGUUUCUUUAUUUAUCCACUACAGUUUUGUGGUGUAGGAUUUAGUUUUACUUGGCAUGUGCUAAGAAGUUGUCAAACCUAGGAGUUAGGAGUGGAAAUCAAACAUUGCUUGAUUCAGAUAGUUGGCCAAUCAUUUGGUGCAUCCUUAACUAAACUUUUUUUGUUCACUUCUUCCCCUGUAAGAUUUAAGUUGUUAUAUCCCUACUGCUUUAAAGUAUUGUAUUUAACAUCACUGUUAGUUUUGAUCUGAAUUUUUAAGAUUAGUACAGAGUUGAGACAGAAAUGAAAGAACCCCUUUCUGCUCCAAACCUUUUAUUUAACUUCAUUGAAAAUUUAAAAAGUGGACAGGAUGUCUUGGUUUGUUGAAUGCAGUAAAACAGUUUCUUCCCAAUUGAACCAUAUUAUGCGGUUUUGGGGAUAAGUUUCAAACUGACCUUUGUUUGAUAUACCACACUUGCUAGGCCACUGCUUACAUCAAAUACUUUCUUUAAACCAAUUAAAUUCUGAUGCUGGCUACUUUUGGUACAGUAACUUUAAAGCUAAUAUGUAAGUUUGUGUCUGGUUUUGAACAUGCUCAACACGUUUGUGCUGCUUGAUUUUUAUUUUUUAAAAUAAUGGCCUUUUAAUAGUGUAAUUUUGGCAAAAAAAGAACGUCAGAAGUAAUUGUAUAUAUGAAUACUCAAGAUAGCUAUGGUCUUGAGAGAGUCAGAAUUGUGUCACAUGAUUUAGUUUGAGAGGUUUUAAUCAGUAUAUUACAGUGCCACCAAGUAAAUUAAUUGUAGGUAGAGUGCAGAUGACUUCAGUUUACAGUUUUUUUUUCUCUAAAUUCUAUACAGCAUUACAUAUGAAGAGAAUGAUUUUAUCCAAAGUCCACAUGUUUCAUUUUGUUUUUCAUUUGGAAAUAAUCAAUAGUGAUUUAUUGCACAUUUUUUGGAAAAAAGGGUUUUUGUAUCCAUUGAUACAAAAUGUAAAUAAAAAAAGUUACAUUCACAA